CAUAGUACGAAAUAGUCAUACCACUCCAAUUUAAAAAUAUGGUGGCAGAAAAAAUAAAGUGUCAUCGAGUACUGGGAGACCACCAUUACAGAAUCUAAUCUGAAAAAAAAUACAACCCCAUUACAGCUAAAGUUCUGUUCCAUCUUACAGCUAGUCUUACCACCAGAUAUGGAGGAGCUCCGCCCGAGUUUCCGGUGCUCCGGCGACCGAAGACUAGAGAUCGUAAGCGGAAAAGGGUUCAGCAGCAACCAGCAGGGAAGUCGGGCUCGCUCACCGGAUCUACCAGUAGUAACGAGCAAGGGAACUUGGCCGAGCCAGGUGGCAGCAGCAACUUCAUCGUCAGCUAAGCCCUGGGGAUUCAAUGAUCCAGAGAUGAAGAGACGAAAGAGAAUAGCAAAGUACAAAGUGUAUACUAUUGAAGGAAAGUUCAAGACUUCCAUUAGGAAUGGACUGAGGUGGUUCAAGAAUAAAUGCUCUGAAAUCAUCCAUGGCUAUUAAUUAGCUAUUGUUACUGUA